CUCUGCUCUCUCCGUGGCAUCUCUUUAGCACAGCGCUGUCAAACAACAUAACCGUACACUUCUUCACUUGUUGAAUACAUUUGCCCAAUCUGAAGGAGCGCCGUCCAUAGCAAUAGAGAGGUGUCGGGUUUCACUCCGUGCAAGGGGAGGCAGCAGCCGCAGCAGCUUUGCAACUAGACGCUCGAGUAACGGUUAGUGUGGAUGCUGUCCCGAUGCGGAGAAGUUGAUAACGUUCUGACUACAAAAUUGAAACCAAAGAAAGGAAACGUUCGCGGAAAAAGUUAUUUUGAAUUGCCUAUCCCUCGUCACCUGACAAGGAGUAGGGUACAGAAGAAAUCACAAGAGGAGGUUGCUGGAGGGAAACGCAUUUACCAUCCAAAGGGAUACUUUCUAAAGGAUACCGCUUUGUCUUUCUGAAAUGGAUAUAAUUUUUUUUUUUUAAACUUUAAUUUAGAUUUGUACUCUGUCUGUUUUUACUCCACAAGGGAUUUGUUUGAAGAAGCGACCGUUAAUAGUUUGGUAUUUGCUAACAGACGUGCGUGCGCUCAAAGAGGCAGAGAAGAAGCAGAUGAAUGUUUAGGAAGAAGCCAUCAGAAUGAAGACCGAGGCCAAGGGUUUGGGGCGGUCUGUGUCAAGGCCGCUGCAGGAUGAGGGCCGGUGGAAACGAGGGGUCCUGCUGCUGACCUACAUCCUCCUGGAGCUGAUCACCGUCCACUCUUCCACCGUCCUGGGGAACCUGGAGCUCCAGCUGGACGAGGAACAGCCAGCCGGGACCAUCGUAGGGGACAUCAGUGCUGGGUUACCGCCUGGCGUCACCGCAAGUCUUUACUUCAUAUCAGACCAUGAGGGCACCGGGGUGGGGAGUGACCUGGACAUAGAUGAGAGCACGGGCAUCAUCAAGACAGCCAAGGUGUUGGACCAUGAGCUGAGGGACCGGUACAACUUCAUUGCAGUGACUAUGACGGGCGUGACCAUUGAAGUGACAAUCACGGUGAAUGACAUCAAUGACCACGCUCCCACGUUCCCCCGGAGGAGAGCGGCGUUCAAGAUCCCGGAGAUGACGGCAGUGGGAACCAGGUUCCCCCUAGAGCCGGCGGUGGAUGGGGACAAGGGCCAACUGACUACCCAGGGAUACCUCAUCAAAGAUGGGAACCCCGGCCAGGCUUUCCUCCUAGAGACCCGGAGAGGAUCCAACCAGGUUCUCUAUCUGGACCUGGUGGUCAACACUCUUCUGGACAGUGAGACCAGACCGUCUUAUACUUUAUCCCUGGAGGCGUUCGAUGGAGGCUCCCCUAAGAGGACUGGUCAGAUGGUGCUAGAUGUGAUGGUUCAAGAUAUCAACGACAACGCUCCAGUCUUCAACCAGAGUCGCUACCACGCCAUUAUCUCAGAGAAUCUGCAGCCGGGUAGCAACAUCCUCCAAGUCUUUGCCUCUGACGCUGACCAGGGAGACAAUGGCCUGGUUCUCUAUGAGAUCAACCGCAGGCAGAGCGACCCGGAGCACUACUUCGUCAUCGACUCGCGAAUGGGUGUCAUCACGCUCAACAAGCCGCUGGACUUUGAGAUGCGGAGGGUCCACGAGCUUGUGGUCCAGGCGAGGGAUAACGCCACGCAGCCCGAGGUUACCAACGCCUUCGUCACAAUCCACGUCCGGGACUACAAUGACAACCAGCCCACCAUGACCAUCAUCUUCCUCAGCGAAGACGGUUCCCCACAGAUCUCCGAGGGCGCCCAGCCUGGCCAGUACGUCGCACGCAUCUCCGUCACCGACCCGGACUAUGGAGAAUACGCCAAUGUCAACGUCUCCUUGGAAGGAGGGGACGGGAAGUUUGCCCUGACCACCAAGGACAACAUCAUCUACCUGAUGUGUGUGGACCAGAUCCUGGACCGAGAGGAGAGGGACACAUACGAACUCAGGGUGAUGGCUACAGACGCAGGGACCCCUCCUCUCAGGGCUGAGUCCUCCUUUACGAUACAAGUCACUGACGUUAACGACAACCCUCCUCUGUUUGAUCAGCAGGAGUACAGGCAGGCCAUACCUGAGGUGGUGUUCCCAGGGAGCUUCGUAUUGCAGGUCACGGCUAGAGACAAUGACCAGGGGCCCAAUGGAGACAUCACAUACAGCCUCCUCCAGGAUGGCCAGGCCGGCCAGGAUGAGAACCAGGCCCAGUGGUUCACCAUCGACCCAGUAACAGGGAUCAUCACCACGCUCUCCCAGCUGGAUUACGAGUCGCAGCCCAGGCCAAGUGUGACUGUGGUGGCUACAGACGGAGGGAGGCCUUCCCUGUCCUCCACAGCUCUGGUCCAUGUGGUGCUGCAAGAUAUUAAUGACAACGAACCUGUGUUCGGUAGCAACUUCUACAAGGUAUCCAUCAAGGAGAACACGGCUGCUGGGUCCUGCAUCCUACAGGUGACAGCGACAGACGCGGACGGCGGCUCCUUCGGCUCCAUCAGUUACUCUCUGGGGUCAGGCAUCAACAGUGCUGUCCCCUCCCAGUUCUCUGUAGGGAAGGAGACAGGACAGAUCUGUACCAACGUGGCUCUGGACAGGGACCAGGGACCAACCAGCUACGACUUUACUGUCACCGCCGUGGACGGAGGCGGUCUGAAUUCCAUGGCCUAUGUCAGGGUUGACCUGUUGGACAUCAACGACAACAGACCAGUCUUCUACCCUGUGAGCUACGCCGUCAGCCUCAGCUCCCAGAGUGCACCUGGCACCUCUGUCGUCAAGGUUACGGCCCUUGACCCCGACACUGGGGAGAACGGGAGGGUCACGUACCGAACCGUCCCCAGGGGCAACUCCCCCUUCUUCACCCUCAACAAAGAGACAGGUGUGAUCUCCCUGUCCCGGUCGCUGCACGGCAAGGCCAACACGGUGAUCCCCAUGGUGGUUUCAGCCCAGGACGGAGGGGGUCUGGCAGCACUGGUCAACGCCCGGGUCAACAUCAGUGUGGUGGCAGGCCUGGUGGCGCCCCCUGUGUUCGAACACAGCCAGUACAGCUUCACUGUGUCUGAAGACGUACUGCGAGGGACUGAGGUUGGCAUCGUAAAGGCCAUCGGUAAGAACGGCGUCCCCAGUAAGGACAUUCUGUACAGCAUCUCCUCUGGAGACCCUGCUGGCUACUUCACCGUGGACCCAGAGAGCGGAGCCCUGCGGACCAGCCUUCCCCUGGACCACGAGGCCCAGCCUUCUCUAACCCUGGAGCUCCAGGCUCGUAGCGGCAGCCCCCCUGCCUUCGGUCAGACCCACGUUCACAUCACAAUCCAGGACAUCAACGACAACACUCCUGUCUUCCUGCCCUCCUCUUCUGAGUCUCUCCUCCUCCCGGAGCACACAGAGAUGGGGACCAUGGUCUACCGCGUCCAGGCCCAAGACCGGGACUCCGGUAUCAAUGGCCAGGUGACCUUUGACCUUUCUUCCACCGCGACCUCAAGCGGAGGUCAAAGAACCUUUUCCAUGGAGCGCAGCACGGGGGAGAUCCGGCUGGUUGGCGAGCUGUCGUACGACGUAACGCCGCGCUAUGACCUGACGGUGACAGCUAAAGAUGGUGGCGCUCCCCAGCUGAGCUCUACCAUGAUGCUUGUGGUGCACGUCCAGGCAGAGAACGACCACGGUCCCGUGUUCGACACCCUGACCUACCGCGUAGAGCUGAGGGAGAACACGCCACUCAGCACACGCUUCCUACAGGUGCGAGCUCUGAGCCGGGACACCGCGGGUUCAGGGUCUUCCUCUCCACUGGCAUUCCACCUGAGACCUGACGGAGACGCAGCAGGGUUUGGCAUCGCAGUAGACAGCGGCUGGCUGUUUGUGAAGAGCGCCCUGGACAGAGAGGUGAAGGACAUGUACAUGUUGAUGGUUCUGGCCACGUCGGGCCACGGGCAGCUGAAGAAGACGGGCAGUGCCACGGUGAGGGUGUCGGUGACCGAUGAGAAUGACAACUCUCCCCGUCUGAUCCAAGCGAGGGCUUUCCUGGCCGUGAGAGAGAACCUUCCGGCGGGUUCAGGGUUUGGACGGGUGUUGGCUACGGACCGCGACACGGGCCUCAACGGCAGGCUCAGUUACAGACUCCUACACCCAGACAGACACUUCCAGAUCAACUCACACACAGGUGAGAUCAGUACCCGUGUAGGUCUGGACAGGGAGCAGCAGAGUAGUUACCAGGUGUUGUUGGUGGUUCAGGAUGGAGGUACUCCCCCACGCAGCGCUACAGGGACAGCCUUUAUCACCAUCCUGGAUGAGAACGACAACACUCCCUCCUUCAGACACAGCCAGCCUGGCAGAGGACUGACCAUGCAGGUGAUGGAGGGUCAGGCGUCAGGUCUACUGCUGGGGAAAGUACAGGCCAAUGACCCUGAUGAGGGAGAGAACGGCACUGUGUACUACUCCAUGUCAGGUCCCAGAGCAGAGCGUUUCUCUCUGAACCCUACUACAGGUGAACUGCGUUCCUCCUCUCCUCUGAGUCGCUCUGACAGAGCUGAGUACAGCUUCACUGUGACCGCCACUGACCGAGGCCAGCCAUCUCACAGCGCUACCUGUACACUGCACAUACAGGUCCAGAGUGCGAGCAGAGCUCCUUCCAAAGACAACUCUCUCUCCAUGUCCUUCAACUCCGUCGAGGAGGCCAAACCAGGCUCUAUGAUUGGCUCUGUGAGGUCACAUGAUGGCUUUGAGCUCCCUGAGGCUGGUCAGGUGACCUACACGGUGGUGGGCGGGUCAGACCGAGACGGAACGUUCAUGGUGGACCGUCAGACAGGUGACGUGUACCUGGCGAGGGAGCUGGAUUACGAGCGCUCCGCCCGCUACACACUACAGAUAGAGGUGGACGACUUCUCCAUGACGUUACCCAGCAGCCACCUGGUGCAGCUGGACAUCGAGGUGGAGGACAGCAAUGACCAUGGACCCCGCUUCCCGGAGGACCCCAUUACCGUGGUGAUACCUGAGAACAUGGAGCCUGGGGCGUCCAUCUACACCUUCCAGGCCUCGGACCAAGACGGAUCAGGGCCCAACAGCCUGCUGACCUACUCCAUCCUGCACCAGUACCCUGACCUCACUGACCUCCUGGCCCUUGACCCUUCCACUGGGGUCCUGACCCUGGCGCAGGAACUGGACCAUGAGGUCACUUCCUCCCUUAUCCUGGUCGUCCAGGCAACAGACUCCGCCCUGAACGCCAGCCAACGGCACUGGGGCUCGGUGACGGUGAGGGUGUUUGUGACAGAUGAGAAUGACAACGCUCCAGUGUUCAGCUCGCCAUCUGCGGUUAGCGUCAUGGAGGACCAGCCUGUGGGCUUCGUGGUUCUCUACGUCGUGGCACGAGAUGCCGACCAGGGGGAGAACGGACGGGUCAGCUACUUCAUCGAGACUGGCAACGCUGGAGGGACAUUCAGCCUCAACCCUAAUACUGGUUCUCUCUCUAUCCUGAAGCCCAUCAACCGGGAGGAUCAGGACCUGUUGAACCUGACCAUCGUAGCCCAGGACCACGGGGUACCAGCGCUCUCAUCCAGCCAGCUGCUGUCUGUCCAGGUCAUCGACGUGAACGACGAGGUGCCCUGGUUCCAGGAGAACCAGUACCAAGCCCAGAUUACAGAGAACCAGCCCGCAGGAACCACUGUUCUGGUGGUGUCGGCCUCCGACCUGGACCAAGGUACCAACGGCCAGGUGACAUAUGGAGGCAUCUCUGACGAGGGUUUUAGCAUCCACCCAGCUACAGGUGUUAUAACCACCACUAAAGCUCUGGACAGAGAGGCACAGGAACAAUACACACUAACAGUGUAUGCCCGAGACGGUGGCGUGCCUCCUAACUUUGCCCGGGCGGCAGUGAAGAUCCAGGUGUUGGAUGAGAAUGACAACGCCCCAACGUUCAAUAGACUGUACUACAGUCUGGAGGUGCCUGAGAACAUGGAGGCUGUUGAGCUUUUCACCCUCAGAGCUACGGACCUGGACACUGGGGACAGCGGAGAGAUGACCUACAAGAUCACAACUGGCGACCCAUCAGGUGACUUCCAUGUGGACAGGAAGUCAGGUGUUCUCUCCACCUCCAGACCGCUGGACAGGGAACGUAGGGCCAGGUACAGUCUGACAGUGACAGCCCUUGACGGGGGCUCUCCGGCCCUGAGCAGCACGGCCACAGUAGAGGUCACUCUCCUGGACGUCAACGACCACAGCCCCCAGUUCACCAGCCCCAGCUACACCGCUGACCUGUCUGAGGAUGUUUCUAUUGGCUCCCGGGUGCUGGAGGUCUCUGCUACUGACCUGGACCAAGGGUCUAACAGCCAGGUGCUGUACUUCCUGUCGCGCGGCUCCCAGGGCAUGUUCAUCAUUGACCAGCACACGGGACAUGUCAUCACCGCUGCUCCGCUCGACCGAGAACGAACCACGUUGUACACUUUCGAUGUCUGCGCCAUAGACUCGUCCCCCGCCAGCCCUCGCAACUCCACCGCCACGGUCACCGUGUAUGUACAGGACGUGAAUGACAACGCUCCAUUCUUCAUCCAGGAUCCCCUGGUCAUCAACAUCUCAGCCUCCAGUGUCUCCUCCCAUCGCGUCCUGGCCACCAUGCGGGCGGAGGACCGUGAUUUUGGGGCCAACGGCUCACUUUUCUACCGCUUCGCCAGCCCUGUCCGGGGCUUCACCAUCAACUCUCUGACCGGGGACAUCCAGGCUACAGAGAAGCUGCAGGGACUGACCCAGGGCCAGAGGACUCUGAUUGUUGAGGCUAUGGACCAGGGCAGCCCAGCCCAGUCCUCUCUAGGGGUGGUGGUCAUCUACAUCAGAGAACAGACCUACAGGGGGAUCCGCUUCUCACGCCACGCUAGAGACGUCAGCCUGCAGGAGAACGCCGCCAAAGGUACCGCUGUGGUGCAGACUCAGGCCCAGUACCCUGAUGGAUCCCGUAGUGGGAUCAGUUACAGCAUCUUCAGCGGCAACAUCCUACACUCCUUUGGAAUCAGCUCCUCCACUGGUGAGAUCUGGGUACAGAGCUCCAUGGGGCUGGACUAUGAGGAGACCCCUAGACUCCGCCUAGUGGUGAAGGCUGAAACUGCAUCCUCCAGUUCCUUCAUGGCGGUCAACCUGAUCCUUCAGGACGUCAAUGACAACCUGCCGCGCUUCCAGCUGCAGAACUAUGUAGCCUACAUACGAGAGGCACAGGGAUAUAAUUUCCCUAUUAUACAGGUGGUGGCUGAUGACCUGGACCAGGGCCAGAAUGGUCAGGUGACCUACAGCCUGAGGUCGUCGUCUCUCAGCGGCCUGUUCAAGAUCGACCCGCUGACCGGAAGCAUCACCACCGCCGCUAUCAUGGACCGAGAGAUCUGGACACAAACCAAGCUGGUUGUUACGGCAACGGACCGGGGAACACCACGAUUGGCCGGCUCGGCGACCCUCACGGUGAUAAUCGUGGACCUCAAUGACAAUAGUCCUACAAUCCCCUUGCCGCGCGAGAUCAGAGUGCCAGAGAACACUCUGAUUGGCUCAGUAAUAACCCAAGUGACUGGAAACGACGUUGACUCAGGCCCAACCCUGUCUUACACCCUCCACCUGGACCCGUCCUCCCAGGGCGUGUUUGGGAUCCAUCGCUACGGGGGUGGGGUGUCUCUAACCGCCCCUCUGGACUACGAGGAGAGGACCUGGUACACGCUGACUGUCAGGGCUACUGACUCCAAACACCAGACUGAAGCUAACCUCACCAUACUGGUGGAGGAUGUCAAUGAUAACGCUCCUACUUUCACACAGGAUCUUUACCAGGUGAUUCUGGCAGAGCACUCCCCAGCUGGCAGUGCAGUUGUCACUGUGACAGCCACGGACCGCGACUCUGGAGAGAACGGCCGCGUCAUGUACAGAGUGAUGUCAUCUACCCGGGACAUUUUCUACAUCGACCCCAGCAAUGGUACCCUGUUCCUCACCCAGCAGGCAGAGUUUGACUCUGAGAACCCUUCUAUCCUGGUGGUAAUAGAGUCCAGAGACAUGGGAACACCAGCCCUCUCCUCCACCGCUACUGUACAGGUCCAGGUGACUGACGUCAACGACAACACGCCCAUCUUCCACCAAUCAGAGUACAGGGCCACGGUGUCGGAGGACGGCCUUCCGGGCGCCACCAUCCUGACCCUGGAGGCGGCCGACGGCGACGCAUCACGCGACAACUGCGGCUUCGACUUCACUAUAGCCAGCGGAAACGCAGGCAAUGCCUUCCAGAUCGAGAGCAGCGUACGCUUCCUGGAAGGACGGGGAUUCCAGACAGUAGGCAGCCUGGUAUUGACCGGUGAGGGGCUGGACUUUGAGGCGGUUUCCAGUUACAACCUGACCGUGGUCGUGUCAGACCGCGGCGUGCCCCAGAGGAGCUCGGCUGUCUCUGCGCUGAUCAGUGUGACGGAUACUAACGACAACCCUCCGGCGUUCAGCAGGGCAGAGUACAGUGUGGUGCUGAGUGAAGGAGCAGCCACAGGGACUGAGGUCCUCUGCCUGUCUGCAACAGACCCAGACUCCCCAGCCGUAGGGAAGGUGCAGUACCUAAUCAGCUCUGGGGAUGAGACGGGUAUGUUCCAGGUAGACCGCUGGACCGGAGCCCUGAGGCUGCAGAGACCACUGGACAGCGAGAGACAGGCAUCCCAUGUGAUCAUUGUGCAGGCGUCAGAUGGACAGGGUCACUAUGCGCUGGCUCCAGUCACUGUGGAGGUGAAGGAUAUUAAUGACAACAGACCUUACUUCCCUCUGCCCAUCCUCACCGCCAGCGUCAGAGAGAACCAGCCUCACAACACCCUUGUCACCAUGCUGCACGCCAUCGACCAGGAUACGGGAGUCUUCGGACAGCUGAGGUACUACAUGUUGGACAAGACUGGAGAGGGGAAAGACGCCUUCCUGGUCAACCAGACGUCAGGCGAAGUCCGGACUCGCUCCACCUUCGACUUUGAGAAGGUCAACUUGUUGAACUUUGUAGCUCUAGCCAUGGACGCAGGGAACUACUCUGCAACGGUGACCAUACAGGUGUACGUGAUGGGGGAGGAUGAGUACGACCCUGUGUUCUCCGACUUAGAGUUCUCCUUCCUGGUUCCUGAGGGGGCGAAGAAGGGCCAGAGCAUCGGUCAGGUGACAGCCAGAGACGAGGACGAGGGAGUGGACGGGAUUGUUCUGUACUCCCUAGCUGACCCCUCGCCCUACUUCCAGGUCAAUGCAUCAACGGGCGUGGUCUCCCUGAAGAUGGACAGCCACGUCCGACACCUGAGCAGGGCCAAGAGGGAGGUCCGUGUGAUGACCCUUGACCUGACGGCCCACAGCCCUCUGGAGACGUCCCGCGUGGCUACCGCCCGCCUCACUGUUGACGUGACAAACACAUCCUUCGGCCUGGUGUCGGACAUGAACCUGCUGCUGGUCAGUGUGAUCGCUGUGUCCCUGGGAGCCAUCCUCAUCCUCAUCUUCAUCGCCAUGGCUCUGUUCUGUGUGAGACUGAGACGUCAGAGGAAGGAGCAGCAGAGUCGCUGCAGACCUCCAGCCUCUCCCGGCCACGGCACCAUGCUACACAAACUAGAGGAGACUAAAGUCACCGGCACUGACCGGAACGACCGCAUCUACCAUCAGGCCUUACCAGGGUACGUUUCCGACCAAACAGGGAGUGGAGGGGGAGGGCCAUACCCCCGCGGGGGCUCCCUGGACCCAUCCCACUCCAGCGGGCGUGGCUCAGCGGAGGCGGCGGAGGACGAUGAGAUCCGGAUGAUCAACGAGUACCCUCGUGUUUCCUCCAUCUCUUCGUCCAUGCAGGAACACAUCUCAGCCCGCGGGCCAGACUCUGGUAUCCAGCAGGACGCUGACCAGCUGUCUGACGUCUCGUGUGAGCCCAACAUUGACGCCAACCAGUGGUUCAAGGCCAAGAAGCUGGCCAGUCUCAGUGGGACUCUGCUGGCUGGCCAGGCGCCUGUCUACAGGGAGGAUGGAGGAGGUUAUCUGGGGGUAGGGAGGGGGCUGAACAUCUCCCACCCUAAAGACUAUGCCUUCCCAGUGGAUGGUAAACCCGCUGUGGACGGCUCCCUCACAGCCAUAGUGGCCAGUGACGAGGAGCUGAGGGGCAGUUAUAACUGGGACUACCUGCUGAACUGGUGCCCACAGUUCCAGCCAUUAGCAAGCGUCUUCACGGAGAUAGCGAGGUUAAAGGAUGAGACGGACACUCCUAACCCUCGCAGACCUCUCCAGCACAAAGCCAAGGUGGACCCCAAACCCCCUCGCAUUGACCCCCCGCCGCUAAUCACCUCCGUAGCCCACCCCGGGGCGAAGACAGUCCCGGUCAAGCCUGCUCCUGUCAAGCCCUCUAUGGGGAGGUCUUCCUUCCCCCACCUGGCCUCCCUACGGAGGUCCCCCAUCAGUCACGAGGGCUCCCCCUCCUCAAUAGCCAUGUCCCCCAGCUUCUCCCCCUCCUUAUCCCCCCUGGCCGCCCGCUCCCCGGCCAUCAUACCCUUCGGGGUCACCCAGGGUCCCUCAGCCUCCAUGAUCAGCACCACUGAACACAGCAUGGAGCACAGUGAAGAGGCCGAGAUGAGGAUAUAGACUCUAUCGACUCACAGGUGAGGAUAUAGACUCUAUCGACUCACAGGUGAGGAUAUAGACUCUAUCGACUCACAGGUGAGGAUAUAGACUCUAUCGACUCACAGGUGAGGAUAUAGACUCUAUCGACUCACAGGUGAGGAUAUAGACUCUAUAGACUCACAGGUGAGGAUAUAGACUCUAUAGACUCACAGGUGAGGAUAUAGACUCUAUAGACUCACAGGUGAGGAUAUAGACUCUAUCGACUCACAGGUGAGGAUGUAGACUCUAUAGACUCUGAGGUACUGGAGAUUGGAAGACUGAUACUGAGUUAUUGUUCCUCAAAAAACAGAAGUGUUGUCUCAAUUGACACUCGAUUUAGGUUGCAGGGUGGUACCCCUCCUAAUGUGUAAUGGUCACAGUAUCUGGUGUCAAUAGACUGGAUCGCACAGUGUACCUUCCAUUCUGGCCAGAACACAGAGUGUGGUUAGCACUGUAGCUAAAUAAUGAAGUAACUCUCAAACCACCAAAGGUGGUAGAUGCAUCAUAAACUAAUGGGACUCUCAAACUGGACUAGAAUCAAAACUGAGACCAAAAUGGAUGUUGCCUGUUCCUGAAGACUUCCUCUUCCCUCGAUCCAAUCAGUGUCAAGAGAACUAAACUACCCAGGAUUUGCACAUUCUAACGGGGAGCCAUGAUGUCAAUAUUUUGUAGAAGAUACCUUUUUUUGUCUAUAUUUUUAUACUGACUUUGGUUUCUGACUAGAAAUGGCACUAAUUCUGUGUCAGAGGGCUGUUAUAGCCUCAGAAUAUAUUUCCAUAUGUGUAUAUUUGUAGCUAUGUAACAGUAUGUUUGAACUGUAUGUUGGUUCUAUCUCAUGUACUUAACCAUUAAUGUGUUUUUGGAAAGAAACAAAGCUCUUUAUUUCUAUUAGUGUGAUUGAUUGGGGGGAUAUGCUGUCAUUUCUUGUAAAUAUUUAUUACAGAGGAGUGAAAAAGGAGCUUGCCUUGCUGGAAGAACAUGAUACCAGUAUCAAUAAGGUGUUUGGUCAAGAAGCUUUCAAAAAUAAUCUGGUAGCGUGUUGGAUCCCUCUCAUACUUAUUCAGUGUGCCAUAUGUGUGUCCCAAUGGCACCUAUUCCCUAUAUAAUGCCGUACCUGGUCAAAAGUAAGGCACUAUAAAGGGAAUAGGGUACCAUUUGGGAUGCAGCCAUAGUCUUUUGAGUCUUGUUUGAAAGGAUCAGUCACACAUGUUCUCAUGUCCUACACACGUUCCUGUGUUUCUUCCCUCCAGUCUAGUUUAGGUGAACUUGACAUCCAUUAAUCAUGUCCUUCCUUUCAGGUGUUCUUAAUCCCUUAAUCACGAUGAGCCUUACAGGUCUACUUGGUAUUCUAGUGGCACAGUAGACACAGACAAGGGCAGAACCACUCAGACACAGACAGACAGGGGAGGUCAGAAAGAUUAUAGAGACCAGCUGCAAUAUAACUACAAAGUUGUCAGCAAUAGAACAAAGAAAAAAAACAAUGUCAUGUAAUUCAGCAGACCGGUCUAGUUGUUAUUCUAGAGGCAGUAGAACCAUCCAGACAGACAGGUGACAAAACAGCUGACAUGAGGUUUGAGUAGAGGUUGUGUGUGACCUGUGAGGUUUGAGUAGAGGUUGUGUGUGACCUGUGAGGUUUGAGUAGAGGUUGUGUGUGACCUGUGAGGUUUGAGUAGAGGUUGUGUGUGACCUGUGAGGUUUGAGUAGAGGUUGUGUGUGACCUGUGAGGUUUGAGUAGAGGUUGUGUGUGACCUGUGAGGUUUGAGUAGAGGUUGUGUGUGACCUGUGAGGUUUGAGUAGAGGUUGUGUGUGACCUGUGAGGUUUGAGUAGCAGGGCCCUCCCCAUGAUUUUUUAACAAGGUGGUGCUGCUGAGUAUGGUGGGGCGGGGGGGUUGCUAAACACCUGCAACUGUCAUUUCCUGCAAUCUAGAACAAAACAUUUCUUUAAAUGAUGAUAAAUAAAGUAAACACAUUUUUUUGGGCACAGCCAGGACACAGGUUGGGGCAGCGCCCCUCAUACAUUCUCUGUGGAAAACCCUAAGGUUUGAGUAGGGGUUUUUGGUGUACCUCUGACAGACUGAAUAAGGGGUUUUGGUGUAACUCUGACAGACUGAAUAAGGGUUGUGUGUACCUCUGACAGACUGAAUAAGGGUUGUGUGUGUACCUCUGACCGACUGAAUAAGGGUUGUGUGUACCUCUGACCGACUGAAUAAGGGUUGUGUGUGUGUACCUCUGACAGACUGAAUAAGGGUUGUGUGUCUGUACCUCUGACAGACUGAAUAAGGGUUGUGUGUGUGUACCUCUGACAGACUGAAUGAGGGUUGUGUGUACCUCUGACCGACUGAAUAAGGGUUGUGUGUACCUCUGACCGACUGAAUAAGGGUUGUGUGUACCUCUGACAGACUGAAUAAGGGUUGUGUGUACCUCUGACCGACUGAAUAAGGGUUGUGUGUACCUCUGACCGACUGAAUAAGGGUUGUGUGUACCUCUGACAGACUGAAUAAGGGUUGUGUGUGUGUACCUCUGACAGACUGAAUAAGGAUUGUGUGUACCUCUGACAGACUGAAUACGGGUUGUGUGUGUGUACCUCUGACAGACUGAAUAAGGAUUGUGUGUACCUCUGACAGACUGAAUAAGGGUUGUGUGUACCUCUGACCGACUGAAUAAGGGUUGUGUGUACCUCUGACAGACUGAAUAAGGGUUGUGUGUGUGUACCUCUGACAGACUGAAUAAGGGUUGUGUGUGUGUACCUCUGACAGACUGAAUAAGGGUUGUGUGUGUGUACCUCUGACAGACUGAAUAAGGGUUGUGUCUACCUCUGACAGACUGAAUAAGGGUUAUGUGUACCUCUGACCGACUGAAUAAGGGUUGUGUGUGUGUACCUCUGACAGACUGAAUAAGGGUUGUGUGUACCUCUGACAGACUGUAUCUCACUAAGCUCAUCUCAGUAUCGAUGGGAUUCUCUCCAGCAUCCUGGACCAGGAGAAGCUUGUAGCAACAGAUAUUUUCAUAAUUUCUUUGCAGGGGAUGUUCCACAAAGCCAGAUGAAUCUCUGAAAUACUGCUUUUCAAAUCACAUGCAGGACUGAAACUAGAAAGAACACUAAUCAAAACGGUGUUGUUGAGAUUGCUUAUCUCUCUUAGUUCCUUCUCUGAGCUACAGUAAUGUAAGUUAUCAAUAUUGUUAGUUUGCAGUAUUGUUAGUUUUCACUACGCCUGGAGUUAGGUGUAACUAGCUACUAACUAGUGUCUGUUGAGAUACCACUUCUUGGUAUCAGAAUGUAACACCAAACUGAGUCCCAAAAGGCACCCUAUUCCCUACAUUUACAUUUAAGUCAUUCCCUAUAUAGUACUUUUGACCAGGGCCCUAUUGGGGUAUUUUCCUCUGCAAAAAGAGUGCACUUCCCUAUACAGUAGUUCACUAAAUAGGGAAUAGGGUGCUAUUUGGGAUGCAACCCAUGUAGACCUUCAUGACCUUUAGCUCGUAGCUUACUGUCUGUUGUCUGAUAGAAAAACAAGUUCAAUUUAAGUGGUUUUGGCAGCCUGUACUAAAUACCCCUGUGUGAGGUUUUAUUUAUGGUUAGUUAGCCUUCUGCCAUGGACUAAAUCGGGAGACUCCAUUUUCCUUCAUUCGUCACGGUGGAGCUUCUUCCAGGCUGACAGUUUUGGAAUCUACGUACCGUUUUUAAUUGUUAACAUGUUAGAUGAAGAAACGUUACCUUUAUUGGCUCAGAGAAAAUACAGUACAUCCUUGAGACACAAAGGUUAUGUUCCAAAUGGCACCUUACUCCCUAUAGAGUGUGCUGCAAAAGUAGUGCUCCAUGUAGGGAAUAGGGUGUCAUUUGGAACACACACAGUGAUGGAUGCUAAUUAGUACUCAGCUCCACUCCAACUUAGAAACCUUUAAAAGUGUUUGUUAAGUCAUGUUAAACUGCCCCUAAAACACAAGGCUAUUUACAGUUGAAGUCUACAUACACUAAGGUUGGAGUCAUUAAAACUCGUUUUUCAACCACUCCACAAAUGUCUUGUUAACAAACUAUAGUUUUGGCAAGUCGGUUAGGACAUCUACUUUGUGCAUGACACAAGUCAUUUUUCCAACAAUUGUUUACAGACAGAUUAUUUCACUUAAAAUUCACUGCAUCACAAUUCCAGUGGGUCAGAAGUUUACAUACACUAAGUUGACUGUGCCUUUAAUUAAAGAACUUGGAAAAUUCCAGAAAAUUAUGUCAUGGCUUUAGAAGCUUCUAUUAGGCUAACUGGCAUCAUUUGGGUCAAUUGGAAGUGUACCUGUGGAUGUAUUUCAAGGCCUACCUUCAAACUCAAUGCCUCUUUGCUUGACAUCAUAGGGAAAUCAAAAGAAAUCAGCCAAGACCUCAGAAAAGAAUUGUAGACCUCCACAAGUCUGCUUCAUCCUUGGCAGCAAUUUCCAAACGCCUGAAGGUACCAUGUUCAUCUGUACAAACAAUAGUAUGCAAGUAUGGACACCAUGGGACCACGCAGCCAUCAUACCGCUCAGGAAGGAGACGCGUUCUGUCCUAGCGAUGAAAAAUCAGUGCAAAUCAGUCCUAGAACAACAGCAAAGGACCUUGUGAAGAUGCUGGAGGAAACAGGUACAAAAGUAUCUAUAUCCACAGUUAAACGAGUCCUAUAUCGACAUAACCUGAAAUGCCGCUCAGCAAGGAAGAAGCCACUGCUCCAAAACCGCCAUAAAAAAGCCAGACUACGGUUUGCAACUGCCAAUGGGGACAAAGAUUGUACUUUUUGGAGAAAUGUCCUCUGGUCUGAUGAAACAAAAAUAGAACUGUUUGGCCGUAAUGACCAUGGUUAUGUUUGGAGGAAAAAGGGGAUGCUUGCAAGCCGAAGAACACCAUCCCAACCGUGAAGCACGGGGGUGGCAGCAUCAUGUUGUGUGGGUGCUUUGUUGCAGGAGGGACUGGUGCACUUCACAAAAUAGAUGGCAGCAUGAGGACGUAAAAUUAUGUAGAUAUAUUGAAGCAACAUCGCAAGACAUCAGUCAGGAAGUUAAAGCUUGGUCGCAAAUGGGUCUUCCAAAUGGACAAUAACCCCAAGCAUACUUCCAAAGUUGUGGCAAAAUGGCUUUAGGACAACAAAGUCAAGGUAUUGGAGUGGCCAUCACAAGUCCCUGACCUCAAUCCUAAAUAAAAUUUGUGUGCAGAACUGAAAAAGCGUGUGCGAGCAAGGAGGCCUACAAACCUGACACAGUUACACCAGCUCUGUCAGGAGGAAUGGGCCAAAAUUCACCCAACUUGUUGUGGGAAGCUUGUGGAAGGCUACCUGAAACGUUUGACCCACGUUAAACAAUUUAAAGGCAAUGCUACCAAAUACUAAUUGAGUGUAUGUAAACUUCUGACGCACUGGGAAUGUGAUGAAAGAAAUAAAAGCUGAAAUAGAUCAUUCUCUCUACUAUUAUUCUGACAUUUCACAUUCUUGAAAUAAAGUGGUUAUCCUAACUGACCUAAGACAGGGAAUUUUUACUAGGAUUAAAUGUCAGGAAUUGUGAAAAACUGCGUUUAAAUGUAUUUGGCUAAGGUGUAUGUAAACUUCCGACUUCAACUGUAUGUUUAAAAUUAAGAAGCUUAGAUAUUAUGUUGUUUUGAGCUCUUACUUUGUUCAUUCAUCAGUUUGUUAUUUAUAAAAUUGUACAUCCUCUUUCUUCCCGCACGUAGCCCAUAAUAUACUUGUUCCCCACAUAUCAUAUAUCUGCCCUGAUGUGCUAGGUGUUUGUUCUUCUUGUCAAAGUGCCUGAUUAAAGUACUUAUGUGAACACAA